AUGGCGGCGGUCCCGAUUGGAAUAAACGGGUUUGCCCACACUCAAAAUGGCGGCGGCGGCUUCCGGUCGCUUCAGGCCGCUUCCGCCUCCGGCGUUGUGAGGCGGGAGCGGGGCCGGGAGCGGGACGAUCGCGACCGGCCGGUCUCUGUCGCGACAGGAGCGCGACCGGGGCCAUGUCGGACACGUGGAGCUCGAUCCAGGCGCACAAGAAGCAGCUGGACUCGCUGCGGGAGCGGCUGCAGCGGCGGAGGAAGCAGGACCCGCUCGGGGCCGCCGACCCCCGCCAUGACCUCUCUCUGGCCACGCCCCCCCGCACCUCCAGCCCCGCCCCCUCCGGCCCGGACGGGGGCGUGUCCUCGCUGGGCUCCGCCCCCGGCUCCGCCCCCUCGCCUCCGGUGGGCGGGGCCGAGGGGGGCUGGGGAGCCCGCGGAGCCGGACCCGGCGCUGGAGCGGCGGCUGCUGCUGCACCUGUCGGACCUGGCCACGCCCCUGCCCACCGACGCCAGCGCCAUCCGCAGCGCCAUCGCCGGGGGCGACGCCCAGGUGACGCUGCGCGCCGUGGAGAGCCUGCUGCACAAGUUCGCGGCGCAGGAGCUGAUCGAGCUGCGCCGGGGGCUGCUCCACGACGGCCCCGCCCUCGUCACCUGCGCCGACCACUCCAAGCUGGCCGCCAUGGCCGCCGCCGCCGCCCGUUGGCCGGCGGCCGGGGCGGGCACGCGGGCGCGGGGCGGGGCCGGGGAAGGCAAGGAGGCCAAGAGGUGCCGGAGGGCGGCGUCGGACGUGGAUCUGGAGAUCGAGAGUUUGCUGAGCCAGCAGUCCACCAAGGAGCAGCAGAGUAAGAAGGUGAGCCAGGAGAUCCUGGAGCUGCUCAACACCACCACGGCCAAGGAGCAGUCCAUCGUGGAGAAGUUCCGCUCGCGCGGCCGCGCCCAGGUGCAGGAGUUCUGCGACCACGGCACCAAGGAGGAGUGCGUCAAGGCCUCGGGCGGGGACAGGCCCUGCCGCCGCCUGCACUUCCGGCGCAUCAUCAACAAGCACACGGACGAGUCGCUGGGCGACUGCUCCUUCCUCAACACGUGCUUCCACAUGGACACCUGCAAGUACGUGCACUACGAGAUCGACGUCGCGCCGCCACGCCCCAGCGCGCCCCGCCCACCCGCGGCCCCGCCCCCGCUCCCCGCCCCCGGCCCCGCCCAGCGCGCCGCCCGCCCCGACGCGCCGACCGCCUCUUCCCCGCCGCAGUGGAUCUGCUGCGACAUCCGCUACCUGGACGUGUCCAUCCUGGGCAAGUUCGCGGUGGUGAUGGCCGACCCGCCCUGGGACAUCCACAUGGAGCUGCCCUACGGCACGCUGACGGACGACGAGAUGCGGCGCCUCAACAUCCCCGUGCUGCAGGACGAGGGCUUCCUCUUCCUCUGGGUCACCGGCAGGGCCAUGGAGCUGGGCCGGGAAUGCCUCAACCUCUGGGGAUACGAGCGGGUGGACGAGAUAAUUUGGGUGAAGACGAAUCAGCUGCAGCGAAUCAUCCGCACGGGGCGCACGGGGCACUGGCUGAACCACGGCAAGGAGCACUGCCUGGUACCCCAAAAACGACCCCAAAACCGCCCAAAAUCACCCCAAAAUCACCCCAAAAUGAGCCCAAAAGCGAUCCCAGAAAUGGGGCCCAAAAUGAGCCAAAAUCCACCAAAAAUGGAGCCAAAAUGGAGCCAAAAUUGA